CAAAUUUGGUCUCAAAAGUCACGUGCCUUUCUCGGAAAAAGCCGACAGCGCACCUCACUUUUUUCGCGCUGUUGCCGCUGUUGGCGCAUGGGAUGGAUCGGCUGCAACUGACCAACAACCCUCCACAUAAAAAAAGUCAAUCAAUUCUUAGCACCGAUCUGAUCUCCUCCUUCUGCUAUUUCCAUUCCUACCUACCUUUCCUCUGGUUGUUCUAGCCAAUUUAUUUUCUGAAACAGACUAUCUCCAGCCCUGUGCAACUCCUUUGUGACUGACUUCCAGACAGUAGAGAAGAACAAACCAUGCCAUCACUGUUACGAAAAAGAAGAAAGAGGAAAAAGGCGUUAUUAGAGAGUGGUCAUGGAAGUCGACGUUGGCGGCCGUCGUUGGCCCUCGUCGUUGUGAGUGCCUCUCUGCUGACAUCGUUUCGGGAACACCCGGCACUGCACUCGGUUCGUCAUCGAUUUGCCAUGCUGGCACCAACAGCGACAGGUUCCCACGACGAUGUACGAAACCAGACGGCGUUGAGUGCCAACCAAGCAAUAGAAACAACGGAACAACAAUCUCCAAGCACGUCCAGCAGCACGCAGAGACUGUGUACCAGUGAGGAACUCCGUCGUGGAGAAUGGAGGCCUUCGAUCCUGGAUCGACCCCCGUUUAUUCCAUCUCAUAGCAAAUGCUACACGCAGGAGUAUUUGAAGCAAGUCACCUCCUGGACCGACUAUCGGUGGUAUCCAUUUGCCAGCCAUGCCUACCACCAACAGUCUUCUUCUGGCGACAGCUGCCAAUUUGAACCACAAUUCUCCAAUCACGAAUUUUGCCGCGUUUCCCACAACAAGACGAUUGGAUUCUUUGGGGAUUCCUUGACAUGGGAACAUUUCUCCAGUCUCGCCGCGCGAUUCCAAAUUGCCGUGGGCGCGCAUGAUCAGAUGCGUUUCACGACGGACGAUGGCAUUGAGCAUGAUCAACAAAAGGGCAUGAUCUUUGACAUUUGCCAUGGCCAGUCCAAGAUUGCGUUCUUCCGAAACCGGUACAUGAUGUAUGUGGACCAUUUCUUGGCAAAAUACAGUAUUGAUGUGCUGGUUAUCAAUGGUGGAGCUCAUUACAUGAAGGACACGGACUUGAUUGAUGGAUUUAGCAAUCGACCCAACACAACUGGCAUUAAAUGGAUUGUCAAAGAACUGGCCAAACAUCAUCAACAGCGACAAGGACAAGGACAAGGGGAUUCUUUUUUGACCAUUUGGAGAACCACCAGUCCGGGCCAUCACCAAUGUUGGAAUUUUACAAAACCAGUCAACAACUUGACUCAAAUGGAAGAAUAUAUUCAAUACUCCAAGGAGCGGUAUCCUGGGAAGAUGGGACAAUAUGGCUGGUGGGAUUUCAAACGACAAACCCAGUUGGUAUUGCAGGAAUUUCAAAACUACAACAACAAUCAGCAGCAAGACAAGAAGGAUGCAAAGCUGAAUUUUCAGAUUAUGCAUGGUUAUGACGUGAACAUUCUACGACCGGAUGGACAUGUUGGCACCAUUGUCAAUCGCUCUCAAGAUUGUUUGCAUUCUUGCGACCCGGGGCCAGCGGAUGUGUACAACAUUCUCUUACUGCAUUUGCUACGGUUGGAACAAGACAAGAGGGGAAAAGCAAGCAUUGGGGCAAGCUACACGGGGGCAACUUACUUUUAAAAAUUCUACCAUUCUAGCGAGAAGAUCAUGCUACUACUUCUUCUUUUCUCCCACAGUCACAUGCACACAACCCCAAGGUCCGUAGUCCUCUCGCGUGACAGACUCAAUGUCAUCUCGCAAGGACAACAACUGCGUUUCAUCUCGCAUAUAGUCACCCAUGACCUCCCACAACCAAGCCAAGAACCUUGACAUGACAUUGCGAUUUUGUGCCACUCCUGCGUCUACAAUAAUGAGUUUCCCGCCUGGUUUCAACACUUUGACCAUUUCGUCAAUGGCAGCUUUGUCAUUGGAAAUGGCACUGAACACAAAUGUGCUAAGGACAUAGUCAAAGCUUUCCUUGUUCCAGGGGAGUGGUCCUUUGGUAACAUCUCCAAUCCGCAAAUCGGAUUCUUCUUGUCCUUGCAAACGUUGCUGUGUACGUCGUUUCAUGCCGGGAGCCAGAUCCAGACCAGCCAGCUUCUUCUCGUAAGGAAGCUUGGCAAGUUCCAAAUGCAUCAGUCUCAACGGUGCCAAUCACGGAAUUCCAAUAUACGAAAUAGGUCU